AUGGAUGAUAUCGAGGAACGGCUGCGAAGCCAUGCUCAGGCCUUUGAUGGCCUCCUGUCCUUGAUCCCAGCUAAGUUCUACUACGGAGAAGACGGCAGUGACCAAUGGAAACGGAAGAAACAAACCAAAGAACAAGCCCGCGAGGCCAAGCGAGCGAAGCUAGACCCCGACUCUGCCAAAACGGCCAAGGACGUGAUGGACGAAAAGGCGCGCAAGCGGAAGCGCGACGAGGACCAGGCUGGGCCCGAAUCAUCCGGCGAAGAAGAGCUGGGCUCCGAACUUCCCGGAGAAGGACUGAAGAGAGGCGAUGCCAAGUCGAAGAAGCAAAAGCAGGGUACACCGGCGGAGCAAUCAGGCGACGCUCCCAGCAAGUCGGCAGAAGCUGAAGCGCGCAGAAAGCUGAAGGAGGAGAAGAAGGCACAGAAGAAGGCCGCCCAACAGGAGAAGAAGAAGGCCAAGGAGGCUGCCAAGAAGGAGAAGCAAUCCGAGCAGAAAACAGACCAAGGUUCCACCGCCGAGGCCGUACAAAAGUCCGAGUCGAAGCCUGCCAGCGAUAAGACAAAAAAGGCAAAGCCCUCCCAAGAAGAGGAAAGCGAUGAUGAAGAAGACGGUGUCGCCCCCGAGGAGGGACUCUCGCUCGAAUUCAAUGUAGAACCGACAGAACAGGCAUCCUCGUCAUCGUCGACUCCCAACUCUCCCGGAUUUGAUGCAUCCAACGACCACUCCGGCAGCUCUUCCAUCUCUUCCAUCGCUCCUCCCACCGCUUCCACCGACGCUAACGACGCUAACGACAAAUUAUCCACUGGACCCAAGCCUCUCAAGACGACCCCCGAAGAGCUGAAACAACGCCUGCAGAAGCGUCUGGACGAGCUGCGCGCCGCCCGCCAAGCCGACGGCUUCAACGGGAAGCCCGCCCGCAACCGCCAGGAGCUGAUCGAAGCCCGCCGACAGAAAGCCGAGCAACGCAAGGCCCACAAGAAGCUGCUGCGCCAGCAGGCCCGGGAAGAGGAGCAGCGCCAGAAAGACGAAGCCAUGGCGAAGCGCUUCUCGCCCGGCGGCUCCGGCUCCCUCCUGGCGUCGCCCCGGUCGCCCGCCGACUCGAUCGGCUCCAACGUCAACUACUCCUUCGGCCGCGUAGUCUUCGGCGACGGCCAGCACGCCGAUCCCAGCCUGACGACCGUACGCGAUCAGCCGAAACGCCACGGUCCCCAGGACCCGGCCACGGCUUUGAAGGCGGCUGAGGCCAAGAAGGCGCGUCUGGCAGAGCUGGACGAGGAAAAGCGCACGGAUCUCGAGGAGAAGGACAUGUGGCUGAAUGCUAAGAAGCGGGCACACGGCGAGCGCGUGCGCGACGAUACCUCGCUGCUGAAGAAGGCGCUGAAGCGGAAGGAGUCCGCAAAGAAGAAGUCCGAGCGGGAGUGGAAGGAGCGCAUCGACGCCGUGCACAAGGGCAAGGAGGUGCGUCAGCAGAAGCGCGAGGAGAACCUGCGCAAGAGACGCGAGGAGAAAGGCGACAAGGGCAAGAAGCCUACUGGUGGCAAGAAGAAAGCCAGACCUGGUUUCGAGGGCAGCUUCAAGGCCAAGGUGGGCGGCAAGAAAUAA